AUGAGGAGACAACUGCAGACUCCUUCGCAUCUCAAGGUCGCGUCUGGUCCUGUCGCCCUGCCGCAGCGGUAUUUGGGUCCCGAGACCGUCGUCGUUAACCACUACGCUGGGACUGAAAAGCUGAUACCGGCCAUUCCUGGUUUUAGAACGAGCGCGGCGUUCCUCACAAGUCUGAGUGCAAAUCUGCGCAUCGAUCCCGACCUGCCCUCUCCGCUGGGUACACCCAUCAGCUUCCGCGCAAGCAGCCAACACCCCUUCCUCCCGCCGCCCUCGCCCCUGGCCUUCUCCACAGUCUCGCAGCCUCAGUAUCCUACGCCUUCGCCAGAUACCGCCAUCAUGUCCACCGAGCCCGUCUCCGUCCCCGCCGUCGCGCCUACAGACCGCCUGCCCCAGCUGCGCACCUACACAGCUACCACCGAAGAUGACCGCGUCGACGGCCUCCGCCUAAUCGCCGAUUCAGUCGCCCAGCAGCGCCAGAUCGCGAGCAAGAUGCUCAUCUUCCACCCGCUGCAUCUCGCUGGCCUCGCACUGUUUGUUGGGAUCCUCUUGCAGCGCUUCUGGAAGACGACGGACGACUUGUACAUGCUUGGCCCGACCAUCGGUGGCAUCGUCAUGGCAUGUCUCGUUGCCGUGCGGUGGGCGACAGGACGCUAUCUCGCGCAUGCUGAAGAAGUCGAUUGGGACUGGCUGGGCGACGACCGCAUGAUUGUUGUCAAGUGGGGCGAGGAAGUCAUUGGGGCUCUGGUUUUGGGCUGGGCCGACGACGAAGCCGCAAAGAAGAAGCAGGGACGUAGGAAGCGCGGGAAAGCGAUCGUGCGCGCGUGGACUGUGCGGUUGAAGUACAGAGGCAAGGGCGUUGGGGAGGGACUUCUAGAGGAAGCGGUCAAGGUUGCGGGGGAGAGGGGCGCUGAUGGGAUUGUUUUUGAAAGGGACCAUGCGAAUUCCAAGCGCAUUCUUCCCAGCUUCUACAACAGCUUCAUGGACCAAAAGGAGGCCAAAGCUGAGAAGGCCCUCAAAAAGGUUGCUGAUGAGAAGGGCAACUUUAGACAGCGACGUUCAUCUCCUACCUGGGGUAGCAGAUGA